AAGUGGUGGCGUUACUCCUUGUCGGCGCGCAUGCGUUAUUCUAGUUACUUGCUGCCACUCUGUAGGCGCUUUUACCCUCCCUCCACGCGAGGGGAAGCGCGUACCCUUAGUCGUGGUAGCGGUCUCAGCCACUCUGCUACUCUCGUGGCUGUUUCACCAUGGCGGGCAUCCUGUUUGAGGAUAUUUUUGAUGUGAAAGACAUUGACCCGGAGGGCAAGAAGUUUGACCGAGUGUCUCGACUACAUUGUGAGAGUGAAUCUUUCAAGAUGGACCUAAUCUUAGAUGUAAACAUCCAGAUUUACCCUGUAGACCUGGGUGACAAGUUCCGGUUGGUCAUAGCCAGUACCUUAUAUGAAGAUGGUACCCUGGAUGAUGGUGAAUACAACCCCACAGACGAUAGGCCUUCCAGGGCUGACCAAUUUGAGUAUGUAAUGUAUGGGAAAGUAUACAGGAUUGAGGGAGACGAAACUUCUACUGAGGCAGCAACGCGUCUCUCUGCCUACGUGUCAUAUGGGGGCCUGCUCAUGAGGCUGCAGGGUGAUGCCAACAACCUGCACGGAUUUGAAGUGGACUCCAGAGUUUAUCUGCUGAUGAAGAAACUGGCCUUCUGAAGCACCCAGGAAGCCAACCUUGCUGCUUAGUCACUUAGGGCUUGGACAUUCAUUCAUUCAAGUCUGAGGAGCGGUAACUGUUGACCACCUGUUCAGGAGGGGCUGUCUGUCUGCCCACUGUGGGUGCAUCUUUAGGUGGUCUGGACUCCAUGGGAAACUUGCCUGUGAAAGACCCAAUGGGAGAGCUUAAAAUGGAUCAGAAGUUGUUUUGUGUGUAUAUGAUUUUUAAAUUAAACUUUACUUUUUCAGAUCC